AUGGAGUCGCAAAUGGCCAAUCUCCACCUCGAUGGCGCCGACUCAGCAGCCGACCUCAAGCAAGGGUCAAGGCCAUCGCACGCACAACCAUCGCACGCCAAUCGACUUGUCCAUCCGACCAACUCUUCACUGCGGCCUUUGGCUCCCUCGAGCUCUAUCGCAUCCAAUAUGGGCAUCAAUAUGGGCGUCAACAUGCAACACUUCAACCGCAUGGCUGCCCCAUCCGCCUCCUCCAGCCACACGAAUCCCAGCGGCAUCGCUCGCUCCGCAAACCCCGCGCAGACGCAGCCCCUCAACGGGUCAAGGCUGAGCACACAGCAGCCGAGUCGGCCCCCCAGCGUGGCAGGGGGGCCGAGCAAUACCGGGUCGUCCUACCGCCCCACAGCGACUUCGGCUGCACCAACUAAGCAGCAGCCGAUGCACUCGGGGUCAGCCGCCUCGGCCGCAGCUUCCGUGGAUCUGGGCCGAUACGACGGCGGCCUGGAGCGCGACGAAGCCCGAGGUCGACGUGGCACCAUGCAGUUCGACCCGCUCAUCCUCUCUUCUGCCGACACCGGCAAGACGCAUCCACCGACGCGCGUCUGGUCGCUCAACGAUUUUGAAAUGGGCCGUCCCCUGGGCAAAGGCAAGUUCGGCCGUGUCUACAUGGUCCGCACCAAAGGGGGGCCGAACAAGGGCUACAUCAUCGCGCUCAAGUGCAUGUACAAGAACGAACUCGUCGAGAACAAGGUCGAGAAGCAGCUGCGGAGGGAGAUCGAGAUCCAAAUGAACUUGCGUCAUCCCCACAUCUUGAGGCUCCAUGGGUACUUUCACGACGAGGGCAGGGUGUUUUUGAUGCUCGAGUUCGCAGGGAGGGGAGAGCUGUACAAGCUCAUGAACAAGCUCCCCGAUCGAAGGUUCGAGGAGAGAGUCGCUGCUACUUACAUCGCGCAAAUGGCCGAUGCCCUCUCGUAUCUCCACAGCAAACACGUCAUCCACCGCGACAUCAAGCCCGAGAAUCUCCUCCUCGGGAUAAAGGGCGACCUCAAGAUCGGUGACUUUGGCUGGAGCGUCCACGCCCCCGGCAACCGCCGCCAAACCCUCUGUGGUACCCUCGACUACCUGCCCCCCGAGAUGGUCAACGGCGAACAGCACGACAAGGCCGUUGACCUCUGGGCUCUCGGCGUGCUGUGCUUCGAGUUCUUGGAAGGCGUACCGCCCUUUGAGGAGCUCGAGAAUGCGCCCGCGGGCACGUACAGGAGAAUCAACAAUAUCGACUUUAAGAUUCCCAGGCAUUUCAGUCCAGAGGCCGGGGAUCUGGUCAGGGCGCUGCUAAAGAAGAAGCCGGAUGACAGAUUGCCUUUGACCAAAGUAUUGAGGCAUCCGUGGAUCAUGAAGUAUGAUCCGGAUGCUUGUCGACGGGCGUCUCGUGGCAAGAUUCAGUAG